UGGAACAGUACUAGAAUGGUGUUGUGUAGUGUGUGCGUGUGGCUAAUUCCGCUCUAUACACUGCGAUAAAGUGUUCUUUUUAAAAAAUACAGGCCACAGAUAACCUUGGGAGUACGCAUUCAAAGAAGAAAAGAAAAGAAAAAAUCACAGUAAAUGAGGAACAUCGAGUGAGUGAAAAACUCUGCCAUGAGGUCCCUAUGUCAUACCAACUUCGAAGUAGGCCUCCUCGUCUUGUCGGCCCUCCGCGCUCUCUCCCUCGACACGCCAUGCACAGAAGGAAAGACGUCAUGCGAUUCCACUGCCAUGAACGCCCUCUCUAAGGCGAGCAACGCUGCUCAGUCUCCUGUGCUCAGCAGAGACAUGAGCAGAUCAACUCAGCGUCCCUGGGUCAUCAGGAGCUCCACUACAGCCCGCACGACCUACGAAUGUUACGAAGGAUACCUUGGUAUAACGAUUCUCCCGCCUGGCGAGCUCACGGCCGAAGUCGGGAAACCGUACAACGUGGCCUGUCUCAUAGAUCCGAAACUGGGUCUGCAGGCUGAGGACGUGGAUUUUACGUGCGACGGCUCACCUAUCCCGGAGACGGAAAGCCACGACAACCGCAUCGACGCCACCAUCUCCUCUGCAGAGCAAGGGAGGUACAACUUGGUGUGCCAGGGAGGUGAGAAGGUCUGCUGGAGGAGCUUACGUGUGGGCUACCCACCACUCGAUGUUGAGAAUCUAACGUGCAUCUCGAGGAACUGGCAAGCUCUCGAGUGCAGCUGGACGGUCCCCGAGAACGCCGCCCACCCCGCCUCCGAGGACUACCGCCCGUACCUCGCAGGCGCGCUCGGCCACGAAUCCUGCGACCUGCUCUACGGGUGUCGGCCGCAAGACGACCACGAAUGCUGCAUUUGGACCAACGCCACGUACUCCCCGUCGGCGGAGGAUAUCCAGAUAUAUUUUGUCACUCAGAACCCUCUGGGAACAGCGACUUUCAGACACAACUUUAGCAAUUUCGCAAUAGUGUUGCCAAAUCCCCCUGAGAAAGUGACAUCCGAGGAGAAGACUCCCCUAAGGAUCCAAGUGACGUGGCAAACACCCUUCUCCCUGAGGGAAUUCCCACCGGGGCUGCUCUACCGCAUAGACCACAGGGUCUCGGAUGUCCAAGCGCCGCCCCCCUUUUUGGUGAGCUUUUCUGAUCUUGCUUACAUUUUCUUCUUUAAUUCGCUAUCUACCCAUUUCUUUUUCACCAAAUCAACCUAA